CGACUCAACAAGAAUCCGAUCUUGAUAACAAGGUCCAGGACAUCUUCCUAAAUGACUGCGAUGAAAAGCCAGCAAGGGUGAAUCUAUCUUAUUUCGCAGGAGGUGUGACUUAGGAAGAGGUGCAGUCAAUGAUCGAAAACUAUGUCUGAGGAAACCCGGGAAACUGAAGCCUGUAUGCAUACUGUACUGAAAGACGACGGACUGGUAAAUGAGCGAACGAAACGAUUAGAAAAAGAAAUUGUAAAGGACUUUUGUUCCUUAUCUGUCGUGCAGGAUCAGUUGGAUGCGUUGCAAGGAGCGAGAAUUCUUAGCACUUCUGGUCUUAAAAGCGAAUUUUUCCGUGUGCCAAUAGGUGAGGAUAGUUGUAAAUUUACCGCAUUUAACGUAUCUGACGGUCAGAAUAAAUCUUUACGCGUACGUUUCGGUCUUUGCAACUCGAGGUUUCGGAAGGUGCAGCAUCCGAGGGCGGAUGCUAGUGCAGGAUGGCCGAGUGUGGGAAUGAGAAAAUGACCAUGACCGAUCGUCGGUAAUAAUAUUGUAAAUUGUUAUAAUCGACGUUUCAAGGCGUUAUAAAGCAAGCGGGCUUGAUAUGUGUUUUUUUUAUAAAAAGGAGCGUUGUUGAUUGGAGAUCGUGGCGAGAGAAAGACGUUUUUGAAAUAGGCGAAGUAAAGGCGUUUUUUUUUAAAAAGUUCAGUGUUUAUUAAAUAGUAUUAAGUUUUAUUCUUUGAGUUAUUGUUAGAGUUUCGGUUUAUUUUUCCUUUUUAUAAAAGUUAAAGUUUUCUGUUAAAUAAUAAAAGUGUUUGCAAAAAUUCAGAACAAAACGGUGCAAAAUCACUCAUUCUAUCUUAAUCUCUACGCUAUUUAUAUUACUAUGCAAUAUAAUCGUUGUCGGGACACGGUUGAUGAGAAGGCAUUUUUUUUCGACAUUUAUCGAUACUUGCAUAUGUGUAAUGAUGUUCCGGAGAUCCCGUGGGUUGCUAUCGUUGAUCGUCCGUCCAGCAACAAACACGGAAACGGAAGGUGUACAAAAAAUGGAUAUUGAAACAGAAAAUGAAACACGACAAGGAAAAAAGGAUAGGAAUAAAGAAAAUAAGAAUGAGGUUGAACAGGGAGACAAGGCGGAAAUUUCGCCGUCCAUCAAAAACGUAAGUUAUUACGCAGGAAAUCACUCUGUUUGUGUUUCAAAAAAACUUUAUUUCUCAACCGCAACACUUUACAAUGUAAACACUUGUUACAAAAGUAUUAUAGAAGGAUCUCGAUAUUUGACUCGCAACAACACGAUCUGGCUCGUUGGUGAACUCCGAAUAUGAACUCCGAAUAUCUCUCUUUCGACUCCGAAUCUCUCUCGCGCGCCUGCCUGCUUCCGUUUUUAUACUUUGCUUAUCUCCGAAUUGCGUUAUUGUCUCAAGCUUAUCUUAUUUGCGUCCUCUGGACCACGCGUUAUCUUAUUUACGAUUUCUGACCGGUGAGAAAGUAAAUAAGUAAUUACUAUUACAAAUAUACUGUUUUAGAUAAAAAAAGUUAAUAAAAACAUUAUUGUAUGCUAGAGGAUGCAAAAACUGCGGAGGAUGCGGUGGCCGCGGAGGACGCGGGGGUCGUGGUAGACGCGGCAGUCACGAUAGCCACGGAAAUAAAUUAUUCGUGUAUAUCAAUUACUACUCUUAAAAUAAAUAUAUUUAAAAAAUA